AUGCCGUCUGUAGUGCCCACCGCCUUCUCCCAAAUCUCUAUUCGAUACACCGGUACCAAUCAUGAAUCGGGCUCGCCGGUGACUCAUUUGAUUUUACUCAUCUUCGAGGCGGUAAUGGAAGUAGUUUUUGUCUCUCUACCCGGAUAUAUUCUAGCACGUCAGGGCUUAUUCAAUGCGGAAAAUCAAAAGUUUCUGGCCAAUCUAAAUGUUGCACUUUUUACACCUUGUCUUAGUGAGAAGCAGUUCUGUGAUUAUCCUCUAACUGCAAACAAGCUUCUAGAUCUGGCCGUUAUUCCGGUCAUCUUCAUAAUCCAGACAGCUUUCGCUUAUAUGGGCUCAGUUGCAGUAUCAAAAUUGAUGAGGCUGGAAAAGAGACCAACUAAUUUCGUCACAGCCAUGGGUAUUUUUGGAAACUCAAAUUCACUCCCGAUCUCUCUCGUUGUAUCGUUGUCACAGACGUUAAAGGGCCUACAUUGGGACAAAGUUCCAGAUGAUACCGAUGAACAGGUCGCAGCUCGUGGUAUACUAUAUCUCCUGAUUUUUCAACAGCUGGGUCAACUACUACGUUGGAGUUGGGGAUACCAUGUCCUCCUUGCACCACCGGAAAAAUUUGAAGAGCCACACGUUGACGUGGAGCAAGGAGAUUACAGAGAUAGCCCCGAUCUAAUUCCGACGCUACAUGAAAACUCCGAUAUGACUCGGCAUAACUCAUCAUCUGCAUCGUUUCGAUCGGGAGAUAGAACUCCCGUCACUAGAGUCAUCUGCUCCGGCCCAAAUAGUAGUGAAGAGGAUCCAAUUAAACAUCCAAAACCUUAUCCUGUGCCUAUGGAGGGGAAACCAAUGUUCAACAAUUACAACAAUGGAGACAUUACAUCAUUUCCCAGCAUUCGCACACCAUCUCCUCGAGAAGACCGGCCCAUCGUCUCGGGUAUCAAAAAGAUUGUUCCAUGGACUAAGCUCUACAUUCAUCGUUUUAUGGGUGGUUUCAAGCACAAGAUGAGUUCUAUUUCGACAGCUAUUGUUGGCUACCUUCCAAAGCCUGUGCACAAUUUUCUCGUAAAGGCUGGCAAUGUGAUCAGCCGCUUUUGUGCUGGUACCUGGGAUUUUAUGAACCCACCUCUCUGGGCCAUGCUAGUCGCCAUCAUCGUUGCCUCAGUACCGUUUCUCCAAAAUUUAUUCUUUGCCAAGGGCUCUUUUAUUGCGAACUCCUUGACGCGAGCUGUCGCCCAGUCUGGUGGCGUGGCAGUUCCCUUAAUUCUCGUCGUACUCGGCGCUAAUUUAGCGCGCAACACCCUUCCGGCAAGUUCUCGUGACUCCAACAGUGAGGAAAAUCAGAUCUCUAAGCGAUUACUUAUUGCUUCUCUGAUUUCGCGUAUGGUGCUACCCACGCUAAUAAUGGCGCCUCUCUUGGCCGUGAUGGCCAAAUUCAUUCCCAUCAGCAUUGUGGCAGAUCCAAUUUUUUUGAUUGUUUGCUUUUUACUCACAGGUGCGCCUAGUGCGUUGCAGCUGGCUCAGAUUUGUCAGAUUAAUGGUGUCUACGAGGGGGUAAUGAGUAAAUUGCUUUUUCAGAGCUAUGUCAUCUGGAUUCUGCCAUCUACGCUAAUACUCGUGAUGAUCGCCUUGGAAGUAGUGAAGUGGGCUGGUAUCUCCACUUUAAAUUAA